GUCACCGUGUCAGCUGCUCAGGCCCAGCCUGCUCGUUAGCUCAGUGAUAGUUUGUUGGACAUACUGAGCAGGGAGGGAGGAUGAGGGCUUUUGAUUUUACAAAUAUAAUCGAGCCCUUCAUGACAAAGAGUGUGUGUGUGCUGGUGGGUGGGGUUGUGCCACCUUGUUUUGGACAAAAUGACUGGCUUGCAUCACCCGCACUCGCCCUCACUACCGAGCCAGCCGGCCUCUCAGCACCACAUUGACAGCAGGCCCCGCGUCCAUCCAUCACUGCCACGGCGGAUAUAGUGCCCAAAACUGGCUCACUGUCAUUUCUGGCCAAAAUACCGGACCUUGCUGAUACUAAACCUGGGCGGCUGUUGCUCUGUCGAUUCAAUCGCCGUUUGAGUGGCGUUUGUGGAGGGCUGUUAGCUUAAAAACAGAAGUGACUCAACAACAGUCCAGCGCAAAGAGCCUGGUUAUGGAUUUUAACCUUCUGACGGACAGUGAUCCCCGCAGCCCGGCGCUGUCGCUCUCAGACUCCGGGACCCCGCAGCAUGACCCGGGAUGUAAAGGCCUGGACCAGAGCGACACAGAGAAAUCCCAACAGAACCAGCUGGACGAGUCCAGCACCGAGGAUGGCUCUCUGAAGAAGAAGCAGCGGCGGCAGAGAACACACUUCACUAGCCAGCAGCUGCAGGAACUGGAGGCCACCUUUCAGAGGAACCGCUACCCUGACAUGAGCACCAGAGAGGAGAUUGCAGUAUGGACCAACCUCACCGAGGCUCGGGUCAGGGUAUGGUUCAAGAACCGGCGUGCCAAGUGGAGAAAGCGCGAGAGGAACCAGCAGGCAGAGUUAUGCAAAAAUGGCUUCGGUGCCCAAUUCAAUGGACUCAUGCAGCCCUACGAUGACAUGUACACGGGUUAUUCCUACAACAACUGGGCCACCAAGAGCCUAGCAGCAAGCAGCCCACUCUCUGCCAAGAGCUUCCCAUUCUUUAACUCAAUGAAUGUAAGCCCCCUGUCAUCCCAGCCCAUGUUCUCCCCACCCAGCUCAAUCCCCUCCAUGAACAUGGCCUCUAGCAUGGUGCCCACAGCAGUAGCUGGAGUUCCUGCUACGAGCCUCAACAACCUGGGCAAUCUCAACAACCUCAACAGUCCCUCAGCACUCAACUCGGUAGCAGUGACCGCAGCCACCUGCCCCUACGCCACCACAGCCAGUCCCUACAUGUACAGAGACACCUGUAACUCCAGUCUGGCCAGCCUGCGGCUCAAGGCCAAGCAGCACACCAAUUUUGCCUAUCCAGCAGUGCAGAACCCCGUGUCCAACUUGAGCCCCUGUCAAUAUGCUGUGGACCGGCCAGUAUGAACUAGAAACUCUGAAUCGGUCAACCAGCUGUAAACUCACUGCUACCCCACUUCACAUCUCCUUAGUUCCAUCUGUAACGUGCCCGAUGCACAGCAGACUGCCAGCUUGUGUGUUCAUGGUACACAAUAAGAGUUAUCUCCACAACUGACACAACAAAUAGACCAGAUGGACCACUGCGCUUUGUCGCUGAACUGACCAACUGUUUCAAAUGAUUUUUAAAUAUUAUUGUUCCUUUUCAUUUUUGCCUUCUUUUGAACUGCAUGAUUAGAAUAAAUGUAAAAACGAAGGCUAAAGAAAACAAAGAUGCUGCAACUGGACUGCUGCUGGCCCACAAAACCCUCUGAGCUGCAGUCUUUGCUGCAAAGACAACUGGAAGAUGUAUAUAGUUGAAUUUUUCUGUUUGUUUUGUAUGUGAAAAAUACAUCAAAUGUAGUACAGAUGACAGGAGCAUGUUCUACAAAUACAAAGGCCUAGUUUGAUGUUCUAUGCGCACAUUCUUUAAGAACUUUAUUGUGAAUUCCUCGACCUUUGAAGGAUCAUAGGUCAAAGGUCGGCUUGGAGGGGUGACAGGAGGUUAGUCCUGAAAAACGAGCACAACCUCAAAUUUAAACAAACACACACACACACACACACACACACAUGCACCAGAAGUUUGAAGUAAAUAUAAAAAGCCAUUGAGUAUAUAGAUUUGUGUGGUGUUAUACGAAGAAAGUCCAUGACUGUAAAAAUGUAUGUAAGAGUGCAGUUGUUAUAACAAAAAACCAAACAAAAAAACAAGCGAGCUUUCUUCCUGGUGUAGCCUGCUUUGUCUCAUUCAUGAACCAAUUAAAGGAUCCGAUU